GUCAAGACCACAUGACACAUGACUUCAAAAAAUUAUUCAUCGACUUUCUUUCUUUCUAACCGUAAAAUCAAUCCUUUAUACCUAUAAUAACAUACAUCAAUGAAUCAAUGCAUUUUUAAAUAGUGUACCUUCAGACACUACAAUCUCCAAAUAGAAAACCACACCAAGAGGAAUACUCGUAUCAAUUACAUAUAUCGACAAAAAUAUCUCCUAAAAGAAGCACGCUAAGCAACUAUGGGGGAAGAAGAAGCAGCCACGAUCGACAGUCAGUUCUACGUGUUCGCCAAGUUGUUCGACCACAAGCGGAGCGGCGACACGAUCACGUUGUACCGGUCCGACUACUGGAUGCGGCAGGCGGGCGUGCUCGACGACAGGCGGCUCACCAUGACCGACACCGGCAUCGUCUUCAACAAGUAUAGCAAGACAGAAAUAAAUUUUGAAGAGUGGCUGCAAUUCCUAGCCGACUUGUGUGAACGGAAAGGUUUGAAAGAAGAGAAGAUCCAAGACUUUCUAAAAAACUGUGGCCUGCCUGGUCAGAUGCCAGUAGCAACUCCUCACUACAGAGAUUAUUUUCUAACUUAUAAACCGAAAGACAAAUUGGCAUAUUAGUAGGACAUUGGGUUAUAGUAUUUCUCUGAUGUUUGGCACUUACCCUACUGUACCUUGGAAACAAAGUGUUUUUAGUAUCUAGAUUACAACUUGUAUAAUAUUUAUUAACAAAAUGGACCCAACAACCGAUGUGACCUACUCAUCAAUUUUAUAAUACUUUGAUUUAAUUAGAUUUUAUAUACUUUUAGAUUUUUUAGAUUAGUGUUUGAAUUUCUAACUAUGUCUUAAUUUAUUUACUAGUAACCUUUGUACCGUUUAAUGUAAUGUUCUCUUUUAUAAUAAUUAUAUUUAAAUUGAUC